GUCAUUUUUUCUUCUAUUAUACCGUGUAGGUAGUUUCUUCAUCACCGUAACAUUUUUAUUAAUUUUAUAAUUUCUAUUCAGUCAACAAGGAAACACUUGUACUGGCAAAUUGUGUUGUGCCUUAAUUUCCAAUUAUGCUACAUAAGAGUGCCUUAAAUUGAGGAAGGAGAAAACAGCCUAAAUUAUUUUUUAAACAUAAAUCGCUCAACUACAGGACAAUGUCAUAUUCCUGCCAGAUUAAAUUUACCAAUACCAAUGAUGUCGUCUAUGCGGGGGAAAGAUUGAUGGGGGAAUUAGAGCUCACACUGGACAAACCGAGGAAAUACAAAGGCAUUUACGUUGUGAUUAAUGGCUAUUCUGAGACUGAGUGGCGCGACAAAGAAAAGACAGAGGUAGAUGGGGAGACGAAGAAGAAGCGUGAACACUACAAAGGUCGUUUGGACUACUUCAAUGAGAUUCACUACCUCCUGGCACAAAGCGAUGGGAUCCCCGUUGAACUAUCCAGUGGACGACAUAAAUUUAACUUUGCAUACACACUGCCGGCUGUACUUCCGCCAUCGUGGACAGGGGAAUUUGGUCAUGUAACCUACCGCGUAAAGGCUGUUCUUGACCGUCCCUGGCGCCCAGAUGAGACGCACAAGAAGAAUUUUAUUGUCAUGACACGAUACAUGAUAACGCAGCAACACUUCUAUCCGCAGAAGCUUCAUGAAGUGGAGCAAUUGUGGUGCCUUCCAUUUCACACAAUGCCCUUCACUGUGGAGGCAGAAGUCGCCAAGACGGGCUUCUGCCUCAAUGAGGGUGUUCCCGUGAUUGUGAGGAUUCAGAAUGAGAGCAAUUCAACCAUUCAUGAGAUUAAAUUUCAACUGAGGCAGAUUAUUAGCUUCUUUAGCGUAACACCACGACGACAGAAGAAGGAAUCAAUUAAUAAGAUGGUGGAUAUUCGCUGCAAAGUAAUGGAUUCCCGAAAGAUUGGGCUAUUUCAGCGUACGCUAGUCCUACCGCAGUUGCCUGUAACUUUUGAAUCAACUUCAGAUCUCUUGGGGAUUUCAUACGAGGUCCGCAUUGAAGUUAAAGUUGGUGGAUUAAAUAAGAAUCCCGUUGUGAGGAUUCCCAUUAUUAUUGGGAAUCAAUCAACGGAACCCAAUGCACCAGCUGAAAGUCCAACACAUCCCAUCUAUCCGACUCUAUUGCAUCAUCAGAGCUUCUCAAGUGGGAAUGCCAUACUCAAUACUUCAAUGUGGAGUACGGCGAGUCAGCAAAUGGAUAUUUCAACCACAUCUGAUGCCUCUAAUCCCAGUGUGAGUGUCUCAAAUGAUUUCUCAACCAACAGUGCCACUGCUGCACCUCCGUCCUAUGAUGAUGCUGUGUCAGCAAAUCUAUCCGGAUUAUCUCUCACUGAUGCAAAGCCACCAGAAGUGUCACAAAAAUCCUAAAGAAAAUUCAGGCUCAUCCAGGAAGGGAGAAAUUCGGCACAAACAGGAAGUUUUUUGGAGGCAAAGUAUUUCAUGCACAAAAAAAAUCAAAAAAAGAAAAAAUGAGUGGCAAAUGAACAAAUUUUACUGUAAAAGCUUUCCAAAAGCAAAGAAAUGUACAUUUUUUUUUAGAAAUGUUUUUUUUUGUCAAUAAUUAAUCUGAAAAAAAAUAUCCAGUAGUUUGCUUAAAGCUGGUUUGUUAGACAAUGCCCAGCGAUAAUAUUUUACGGAAUUUUGGAGAUUUUCACUGCACAGAAAAGACUCAGAAAUCACUCAGUCUCUGUCCAUCAACGUGAUUGUAUCCUGCUGAAUUUUAUUCCAUUUGUCUUUUUGAAGAUCGUGGUUUUUUCUUUAUAAAUCUUGCGACUGCUCAAGUGUUGAAAAAUGUAUAAAUCCAACGUAAAAGCAAAAUAUGAAAACUUUAGUGGAAACUUUGAAUUCACACAGCAAGUGUACGAACGAGAUGACACAAUGGAGUGUAUAGUGAGAUUGUCACCACUCAGCGAUCUUAACAUUAUGUGGCUAGAAGCUUACGUAGUGGGAUACUACAAGUUGACUGGAUCUACCAUUUGGGGUAUACCUAAUGCCAGGCCUGUAAAGAAGGAAUUUAUGGUAAUGCCUCAAAGACUAUAUGGUUCACCGGAUUCGUUACCGACGAUUUUAAUGCCGGACUACCAAGGUGUCGUGAAAUGUAGCAUCGGAUCAGACUUUCCACCUAGUUUUGUGCACCGAUUUGCAAAAGUUAAGUACGUAGUGUACGUAUAUGCUCGUCGAAGGGAUCAACCAGAUGCCAGGAUUAAGGCGAAAUUUCGUGUGAAGAAUAGCGUUAUCCGAACACCUGAACUACUGGAGCCAAUGGAAUCAGACAAUGAGGGUAGCACGAGGUUAAUCUUUAAUAGCUGCCAAACAACUGGGACUGUACAUAUCGAUCACAAAGGAUACCUUUUGAAUGAAGUGAUGGAAGUGGAUUUAAUAGUUCGCAAUUUAUCGCCUCAUGAAUUACAUUUUCGUAAUGUUCAAUAUCAACUCGUUCGGCACUUAUAUUUCAAGUUGCACCGAAGGGAGUGCAAAGACACGGUAGUUACUGGCAAUCAUUACAUGCAACCCGUUAUUAUUGUGGAUGCAUCAACACGAAGGCUCUGCUGGAAAAUGCGAAUCCCUGGAAGUUGUCUCCCAUCAUGCGAAACAAAUGCAGUUGAUAUUAAAUACGAACUAUAUGUACAUUUUACAACAGAGAGAGUAUGGAGUAGAUGGUGUAGGCAAUCAGUUACGCUCCGUGUACCACUCUUCAUUUGCUCAAAGGAGAAGGAGGGAACUCCCGAUUCUUCGGAAUAUCCAUUCCUUCAUCUUCCUCAAGUGCCAAUUCCUACAAUUCAUGUUGAAUACAUCGAACUGCAACAGUUAGCAGCUUCCCAGUCAGUAUAUGGGCUAUCGGGGCUACCUGACACCAAUGAACCAAUUCCUGGGCCAUCGAGAUCUCAUUCAAUGCCAGAAGCCAUGACGACAAUUACCGAAAGUCCACAACAACCAAAAGAUGAAGAAAUGCCUGGUCCAGACGAUGAAUCUGAUUAAAUACUUCAACGGGGGAAGGAAAAAGGAAUUUUGACACACAUUCUUCAUCAAUGUACGACAAGGAUAUCAAAGAACAUCAGAGGCUACACGAAACUACCGCAUAGUCCAUUCAUUUUUUUUUCCUUCCAAACCAACUUGAGGAAUUUGUGCGUACCAGAGAACGCGCGAGAGACGUGCGUGAGGAAUGAGCGUGGCUUUUAACACAGAGUGAGUGGGGGGAAAUAUUGACUGGAGAAUGAAGCAGAGGAUGACGUCACUCACACGAGGUGGGGUAUAAUAGCUUAAAGCUUCACGAAUAAAAGUAAAAGUAUACAGUUGGAAAACCACAAUAUAGUCUUCAAGUCCACAUAAAUAAAAUUGAUCAAAAGAAUUUGCCAUAAAUCUUCAUGUAAAAUUGUAGGUAAAGAUUGUACAAAAGAGUAAUAAAUGUAAAAUUAAGUGAA